AUGAAGGAAGCCACCCUUUCCGUGUGGGACCGGUGUUGUGAAUUUAUCCUCCACAAUAUACCCUUGGAUUCACUGCCAUUACUUUCCAAUGACGGAGGAGGAGGAGAAGCCCAUUCGGUGCUUUUCUGGGUGGGAUGUUUGGUGACUGUGGCUUUUCUGGCGCAUUUUUUGAACCGAUUAUUCUUUCUCAUUGAUAGACCCGUACAAGACAAGAACAUUAUGGAGCUACGGAGACGGCAGCAGCAGUCUUCUUCUUCGGACAGGGCGCUUGGAAAAAAGGAAUUUCCAUGGAGAAGAAACGAUGACAACGAGGGCAAAUCUGUGGUGGAAAUCAGCAAAGAUUUUCUAAAAGCACUGCCAAUCAUCAGCUGGAUUAUAUCCUUACUGGAUUUUGAAGGAAGGAGACACCGAAAAUGGGAUGAAGAUCGACGCAAGUGGAGAGAAUUGCAACAGCAACUGUCGACACUUCGAUCCAUACGGGCACAACGAUGGGCUGCCAGAAAGGAGGCCCAGAAAACACAACCGGGCGCCAAAGACCAGACAACCGAACGCAAUCGUCCCGAGAUCAAUCUAUCCAAAUUUCCUUGGAAAUCAUCAUCAAAUACGACGACAACUAACAAUUCACUGGGGGCUGCCGUGAUUUCCUUUUUACCCCAAUGGAUGGAUCUUUCGUGGUUUUUGCUUUCCAAGGAGGAACGACGAAAGCAAAACUGGGAGAAAGAGUGUCUCAAGUGGCGCGAGCUGCAGCAGCAGUUGGGCACACUUCGGUUCAUCAGGGCCCAAAGACAGGCGUCUGGAGAAAUUUCAACAGGGAGCAACGCUUUGGAAGAAGAGGCAAUCAACCCGGAGCGACAAGUGUUUCCUUGGAACAAAGACGAGCUGUGGACGAUGGAGUGGCUAUUGGAAUUGAUUGCAUCCUGCUUUGAAGUAUUCAGCUUUCAAAGUCGCCGUCAAGUGAAAUUGGAUAGCGACAGGGAGAAAUGGAGAGAAUUACAGCAGCAGCUUGCCAGACUUCGUAGUAUCAGAGCACAGAGGAGGAACGUGAAAACAGCCUGCUUGUGA